AUAUCAUAACGAUUCUCGCUUUCCUCUCUCAACGUUCCCGGGGAAUUCCCAAAUCGGAAUUGAAAUUUUGGAGAAAUCAGAGCUUCGAUUCAUGCAUUAUGAAGGAUCUCUGAUGAUUAGUUUCGAAAUUCGUGAAGAAAUCUUCGAAUCGCUGAAUUACGUUUUCUAGAUUCGGCUGAGGAGUGAAAUUGGAGGAGGAGGAGGAGGAGGAUCGGAGAUGGCGGCGGGUGUAAUGGUGACGGCGACGGGAGCAGUGGUGAUUCUGUACUUACUGAGCCGUCGGAUCGUGUGGGCGAGAAAUGGGGAAGAUGAUUCAGGAGGUGAAUUGGGUAAAUCAGGGAGAUCCGGAAGGAGGAGGAUUGUUAGAAGACCGGCUCAAGCGCCGGCGACUUGGCUUGAGACUAUUUCAACUUUGUCAGAGACGUUACGGUUUACGUAUUCAGAGACUCUGGGCAAAUGGCCUAUUGCCGAUCUCGCUUUUGGUAUUAACUAUUUGAUGCGUAGGCAGGGGAACUUUCCAACUGCUAGUGUUUAUGCUGGAAGUAAUUGUAUAGAGUUAAAAGGACCAGAGAUUAUCAUGGAGUUGACGGAGUUACUGAGAUUUUUGACCCUCUGUAUGCUCUUCUCCAAGAAGCCAUUUGCCGUGUUUCUGGAGACUGCUGGUUAUACUCAUGAAGAUGUCCUUCUUCAGAAGCCUAAAGCAGGGAUUAUGCAGCCUGCCUUCACGAUUAUACGAGAUACCAAUUCAAAAUGUCUCCUGCUUUUGAUCCGUGGCACUCAUAGCAUUAAAGAUACAUUAACAGCAGCAACUGGUGCAGUGGUCCCUUUCCAUCAUUCAGUUUUGCAUGAUGGUGGGCUAAGCAACUUAGUUUUAGGUUAUGCACACUGUGGAAUGGUUGCUGCAGCUCGAUGGAUUGCUAAACUUAGUGUUCCUUGCCUCCUCAAGGCCCUUGAUGAGAAUCCUAGUUUCAAGGUUCAGAUUGUAGGUCAUUCUCUUGGAGGUGGGACGGCUUCACUUUUAACGUAUAUUCUUCGGGAGCAAAAAGAGUUUUCCUCAGCUACUUGUUUCACUUUUGCACCAGCUGCUUGUAUGACUUGGGAUUUAGCAGAAUCAGGCAAGCAAUUCAUUACUACUAUUAUCAAUGGAUCUGAUCUAGUCCCAACAUUCUCUGCUGCUUCAGUCGAUGACCUUCGUUCUGAGGUAACCUCGUCCUCAUGGUCAAAUGACUUGCGUGAUCAGGUUGAACACACCAGGGUCCUUAGUGUUGUUUAUCGGUCUGCAACUGCUAUAGGGUCUCGUUUGCCCUCUAUAGCCAGUGCGAAAGCAAAAGUGGCUGGUGCUGGGGCGAUUCUUCGGCCUGUCUCAAGCGGCACUCAGGUCAUGCUAAAGCGUGCGCAGGAUGUAGCGCAAGCCGUUGUGCAGACCCGUUCAACUCUCUCGUCUUGGUCUUGCAUAGGACCACGCCGUAGAGCUAUUAGCUCUCAGCUUAACUCCAAAGUCACAGACUUGCCGGAAGCAUCAGCUAUUAUGCCUGAAAGAAGAAGCACUGAAGCUCUAGUGGCUGAAACUGUAGUGAUAGACCGUAAAUGUCACAAGAGAAUAGAACAUAGUUCUUCAAGCAGCAGUGAAUCUGAUCGCGAUGAACCAGACGAAGAAGAAGAGGAAGAGCCGUUGAUCUCAAUUGACCAAGUCAUCGCUGAAACAUCUUCAAUAGAAGAAGACGUGACAGAAGGUGAGCUAUGGGACGAACUGGACAAAGAGUUGACUCGACAGGAGAACGAAAGAGACAGUGAAGCCAUGGAGGAAGAAGCGGCAGCAGCAAAGGAGAUAACAGAGGAAGAGACUGUCAUUACUGGCGGGGGCGAUUCAACCGCAGGACAGAACCAGAGUCCGGUUUCAGCAUCUUCAAUGGACUUGAUAGAGAACCAGCGGUUUUACCCGCCGGGUAAGAUAAUGCACAUAGUGUCUGUAACUGAGACAGAGUCUGAAACAGAGCGUGACGAAGUGGGGGUGGUCGGAACAACAACUACGGUGGAGCAUGUAAGGAUAUAUGAGACGCCAAGAGAACUGUACAGAAAGAUUAGGCUAUCGAGAACAAUGAUAAAUGAUCAUUAUAUGCCAAUGUAUAAAAAGAUGAUGGAACUCUUAAUUACUGAGCUCGAGUGUGAUCCACACUCUUCAUGAGCUCCUCCAGCUUCAUUAUCAUCAUCAACUGUACAUUAUAAAUAUUUAUACACAGAGUUUACAUGUUUUUUCUUCAAAUGUAGAGAGAUAUUAAUGGAAUAGCAGAUUUUUUUGGCUGUGAA